AUGAGCAAAAUCGAGCAGCAAAGUCUUGAUGCAGCGUGGAAAAAAAUCCAGCAAAAUACAUUCACGCGUUGGGUUCAACAAAAGUUGUCACAAGUUGAUGAAAAAAUCACUGAUUUGGCAACAGAUUUUGAAGAAGGUUUGAAGUUGAUUCGUUUGAUUGAGGUGCUAUCAGGUAAAAAAUUCAGUCGCUACAACAAGAAAGUUGCAUUUCGUCAUCAAAAGCUGGAAAACAUUUCUCUUGUGUUGCGAUUUUUAGAGGACGAAGAGCAUAUAAAGCUGAUCAAUAUAGACAGCUCAGCAAUAGCUGAUCGCAAUCUUAAGCUAAUUUUGGGGCUUGUUUGGAGCCUUAUUUUGCAUUACUCAAUAUCGAAAGAAGUCAGUGAUAACCAGUUGGACGAAGAAAUAGUUGAUAUUCAAAUGCCAGCUAGAGAAAAGCUCUUGAAUUGGAUCAAUUCGAAACUGCCGGCUGGAAUUGUUGUUAAUAAUUUCACUUCCGACUGGAACAACGGCAUCUUGCUGGGUGCUUUGGUCAGUUCAUGUGCUCCAGAUUUAAAAGUAGGUUGGGAAGACUGGCUGCCGUCAGAAGCUUUACAGUCAACAAUUACUGCAAUGAAGCUUGCAAGUGAUUACCUCGGCGUCGCUGCACUUAUAGCACCAGAGGAGCUAAUAAGCGCAUCUGUUGACGAAAGAAGUAUUAUGACAUAUAUUUCACAGUUUCUCAAAGCAAAGUAUACACCACCGUUAGGUUCUCUCUGUGGCGUUGAUUUAAUGCCAGUUAUUGGAAUCAGCUCCAAGUUCAUGCUUCGGACCCGUGAUCCAGCAGUGGUGCCCAAAGUUACUAUUAAAGGGCCCGAUAAGUCUUCAAUUUAUUGCAGUCAGCUCAAGCUUUCAGAAACUCUUUACGAAUUUAGAUAUCUUCCAGAAUGUAUUUUGGCUGCACUGCAAGACAUUGCCUCUGGAGAUUCAGCGGAGUUAGCAAAGACCAAAAUUUCAGUUGUUAGAAGCAUCGACACAUCUUCAAUUAUCAUUGAUGGUUUCGAGCAUGCUAUAUUCGGACAAAAGCAAAUCAUUACUAUAGACAUCAAAGACUUGAAACCUACAAAUUGCGGGCUAGAAGUCUUUGUGGAAAGUGAAAGGUCGAAAUAUUUAAUUCCUCUGAGAUGGGAUUCAAACUCAAGCGUUUACAAAGGAAUUUGGAUACCGGAUGAAGUCGGUAGAAACAACAUCACCAUUUUUUUCGAUAAACAGCUAGUUCGUGAAUACGAGCUUUUACUUCUGUGUCCAUAUGACGUAAAUGAAUUCAAAGCUAAAAACAGCGAUAUUUGUCGUGUCAUUGUUGGUGAAUCUGCAAGCUUCUUAUUUGACGUAAAGGACAGAAAUAGAGGCAUAGAAGUACAAAUGAAAGGUCCAUCAGAAACUGAAGUAGAUAUAAGUACUGAUUGCGAUGAUUUUUACACAGUGCAGUGUACCAUGCAAACGCCUGGACUGUAUGAGAUGAUACUUUUUUUCGAAGAUACUCGAGAACAAGUUCCAGAUCGAUAUGUGAUAAAUAGAAGUGCCAUCAAUAUUGCAGCUCCACCACUAAAAAUUUUGGCUGAUUACAAACGUGAUCCUUCGAAAAUUUUAAUAAAGGGAUACAAUACUGGACAUGUUCAAAUCGGAGUCCCGACAUCAAUUUAUGUCGAUGCUACGCACACUGCUUUGGAACCAAUAACGGCUUGGCUUUCUUCCGUUUCCGUACAACCUGUCGUAGAAGAAAUCAAGCCUCGUGUAUAUCGCAUUACUUUUACUCCACUGGUGGUUGAGAAUGAGAAGAUAACAUUAGAAAUUAUGUAUGGAGAACGACUUCUUGCGAAGCCAUUGGUUUUUAUUGUUGACGCCAAAAAGGAAUCGAAAUUUGUAGUGUUGAAAAAUUGUUUUGGUGGUCCCCUUCCAUCAAUAAUACAAGCUUCUUUCCCUUAUACUGCUUUUAUUGACGCAACAAACAUUGAGGAAAACGAUAAAGUGGCUGUAGAAGUGAAAGGACCAGAUAAUAAACCACGAAAGUUAACCCUCACAAAAUGCUGCGACGAAAUAGGUUACUUGUUGAGUUUUUUGCCAGAAACUGCAGGAAAAUACGUUAUUAUAUUAUAUCUCAAUGGGAAGCAGGUUUUGGAUCAUUAUGAAUUGUUGGCUCAGUCAAUUGGUUUCGCUAAUCUUUGUGUGGUAGAAUGUAAGUUUUCUAAGGGGAACAUUUUCAGAAAUAGAGACAUGGCGGAUGGUGGUAAUGGGGAUUUGACAGUUAGAUAUCAGCCCAGAGAAUGUGGUGUUCAUUCAUUGUCAGUAAAGCAUAAUGGUAUUGACAUAAAUGGAAGUCCAGUGGAAUUUGAUGUGUAUGAAGCUCUUGAAGAGUAUAUAAGAGCGUAUGGUCCUGGUUUGUUACACGCUACUGUUGGUCAACCAGCGUCAUUCACGAUCAGUUCCAAAGGGUUAUCCACAGCAGAAAUAUCAAUUGCUGUAGAAGGUCCAGAAAAGGCUGUGAUUAGAUGUCAUGACAAUAAGGAUAGUACGUGUUCUGUGUCAUGGACACCAACCAUAGCUGGCGAAUACAAAAUUCAUGUCAGGUUUUGCGCAAAGUCUGUGGAAGGUUCUCCGUUUACCGUAAUUGCAACGGAUGAAGAUCAGAAACGAGCACACUUAUCACUUUACACAGCACAAACUGAGAUCUUGCUAAAUAUUACUGAUGUUCAAUUAGAAGACCUGUCAGCAUCAGUAAUGAGUCCAAGUGGGAUUGAAAAGAUUUGCUCGAUACGUAGUGUUGAUUGUGACCAAUUCGGCGUAUCUUUUGUUCCACGGGAAGUUGGUGAACACCUGAUAUUUGUGAAAAAAAAUGAUCGAGCUGUGGAGAAGUCACCGUUUCGAGUCACUAUUGCUGAUGCAUCCAAAGUAAUCGUUGAUGGAUCAUGCAAGUGUAGAGUGAUUUGUCAAGAGGAUAACUAUUUAACAGUCAAUACGUGUGACGCUGGUCAUGGCGUUUUGUCUAUUUCUAUUCAUGGACCGUCAGAAGCUGAAUUAAGAUGUUUCGAAAACAAAGAGGGUGUAGCUUCUGUUGUUUAUAAACUUAGUAAACCUGGGAUUUACAUUUUAUCUAUUUUAUACGCUGGUGUACAUGUGAAUGAUAGCCCCUUCACUGUCAUUUGCGACGAGAAAACAGAAGAUUUUUUGCGAGAAAGCGCUACUAAAGAAAUCAAAUUGGUACCAGAAGUGCUACCAGGACAAGACACUGCCUUAUAUUUACAACUGGAGAACAUAUCACCUUUAGAAACGACAGCUAAAGUCGUUGAUCCAAAUGGAUGCAGUGAAGAUGUUGAAAUUCAUCAUCUGGGUAACAGUCUUUAUCGGUUUCAGUUCAGACCAUUAGUAAGUGGCAGGCAUGCAAUAUCAGUUUUCUACAAAGGGAAGCACAUUUCAGGAAGCCCGAUUCUGUAUACGGUUGGUCAGAUGAAAGAAACAGGAGCUCAUAAGGUACUUGGUGCAGGAAUUGGAUUAAAUCAUGUAGAGGUUAAUAGGAAGCAGUCUUUUAAUCUCUAUACACGUGAAGCGGGACAAGGAAACUUAGAAGUAGUGAUAGAAGGACCGUCAAAAGCCGACUUACAGUUUCACGAACAUGAGGACGGUAAUUGCCACUUCGAUUUUAGAGUUGCGAAAUCAGGAGAAUAUCAAAUAUCAGUUAAAUUCAAUGCUGAACACAUUCCAGGCUCACCGUUUAAAGUAUACGUCGUUCCUUCGGCUGAAGAACCUGGCAAGCUUGAGUUAUCUUCUUUCUCAGAUCAUGGAGUGCUUGGUAAAGCUUGUAGUUUCACUAUGAAAACCAAUGGUCUACUCGGUCGCAUUGAAGCAAAGCUCGAAACGCCCAGUAAAAGAAUAGAAACACUGGACGUUGUCCAAAUCAACGAAAACGGUUCCUAUGUAGCUCAGUUUACUCCUGAUGAAGUUGGAGACUAUUAUGUUGACCUAACUCUUGAUGGCACACAUGUGCAACAUUCACGUCUCCGUUUUCGGAUAGAUGCAGAUCACAACGAUCCAUCAAUAAUAACAGUAUCUGGUAAUGGUAUUCAUGGUGGGCAAGCUGGUCAGGACUGCGAAUUUAUUGUCAACACCUAUGAUGCAGGAACAGGACUUUUGCAAAUUCAGAUUGAUGGACCAUCAAAAGUUACUAUGAUAGAUUGCUCUGGUCCUUACUCUUCAGAUACUCACGUACCUGGUUCUCCAUUUAAGGCAGUUAUUGAAGGACAAGAAAUGAGCAGCAAUGAGUUGGACAGUUCAUUCAUCAAGAUUAACACCUUGGCUAAAGUCAGAAAAGAGUUAGUUGAAGAAUUUCCGAAUUUUUGUGGAGAUGCAGAGAAAGUUGUGGUAGAAGGUUAUGGCCUAAAGAAAUUUCUACCUGGACAGCCGACCUUCUUCAACAUUAAUUCUAAUCUUGCAGGUGAGAAUGUCCUUUUUGUUGGUGUGAUGACAUCGAAAGGACCAUGCAAAGAAAUCACAGUGCGCCAUGUGGGUCAUGGUCAAUUCGAAGUGCAAUAUAUAGUUGAUGAAGAAGCUAAAAGUUUCAUUUUCAUCAAAUAUGGCAACGACGAUGUUCCAGGGUCACCAUUUCAAGCAUCGUGUUAA